AUGAUGGAGAGUGGUGAGAUAGGAGGAAGAGAAGAUUAUAAUGGAGUGAUGAUGACGAUGACAAGAGACCCGAAGCCGAGGCUGAGGUGGACAGCCGAUCUUCACGACCGGUUUGUCGAUGCUGUAACAAAGCUUGGUGGCCCUGACAAGGCAACUCCAAAGGCUGUUCUAAGGUUAAUGAGCUUAAAAGGUUUGACAUUAUAUCAUUUGAAGAGCCAUUUACAGAAGUAUAGACUUGGACAAAAUGGUCGAAAACAGUAUGAAGAACAAUACAAAGAAAAUAACAGGUGUUCCUAUGUAAAUUUCAGUAACCAUUCUUCACAGACUAAUACCAGUUAUGGAGGUGAUAAUGAAGAGGGGGAAAUCCCAAUAGCUGAAGCACUUAAGCAACAAAUUGAAGUUCAAAAGAGAUUAGAAGAGCAAUUUGAGGUACAAAAGAAAUUGCAAAUGAGAAUAGAGGCUCAAGAGAAGUAUUUUCAGACAGUGUUAGAGAAAGCACAAACAAGUCUUUCACAAGAUGAACAAACCAAUCUUGAAUUCAAUUCAGCUUUAUCAAAUUUCAUGGAAAAUAUGAAUAAAGGUAGUAAAAAAAACAUAGUAGACAUGAAUGAGUUUUAUAACAAGAAUCAUAGUUCAGUUUUCAAUUACCAACAAGUAUUAGGAGCUGAAGAAAACAAGGAACUAAAGCCUCAUAUUGAAGGGGAUUCAAUUCAGCUAGACUUAAACAUCAAAAAUGGCAAUGAACUUUUAUGUGCAGAUGGAGCUGAAAUGGAAUCAAAAAUGGUUUCGUAUAGGUUGUUUCAUUUUUGA